UUCAUUGGUUAAACUGUAAGGACCUCAUGACUAACUAAAGCUCUCAGGCUUACUGUAACGGGAGAAAGUUCAUUACUGUCCAUACUUCAUGUAGCUUUUUUUGUGUCUCCUUUCAUUCACUUUAUAUCAGGAAAAUGUGCCAAGCCUUUCAGAGACUGCGAAAAAUCAUUACUGUGGAGCCAGUUGUUUUUUUUUAUAUGACCGGAGCAUUUCUUCUACUACCAGCUGUUCAGCAGCUAAUAUUAGCAAAGGUUUGCUAUGAACUAUAUAGUGAAGAUAUCUGCAGUCAAAUUGGAAAUCAUGUUGAAGAAAAUCAAGUGAUUCAGAGCAAAUCAUCUUAUAUCUUGCUUGCUUUCUCUGCAGUUAUGAGCCUUGUAUCAAUACCUCCAUCUCUUCUUCUUGGCUCUUGGUCUGACAGGCAAGGUCGAAAAUUAGGAAUGAUUCUACCAAGCAUUUGUUCUAUGGUGACUGGAGGAAUUUUAAUAACAGUCACAAAAGUGCAACAGCUUAAUGUUUACUGGACCAUUUUGACAGCUUUCACAAUUGGUGCAUCGGGUGGGCACGUGGCAAUAUUUUUAAGUGCUUUCAGUUAUUUAUCUGAUGUUUCAGACACCCACCGGCUUACACUGCGUAUUGCAAUUGCAGAGUCAAUGGUUUUCAUUGGUGGAACAGCUGGAUUUCUUUUAAGCGGAAUUCUGAUAGAGCAUUUUAGUUUCACACAUGUGUUUGCAACAUACUGUUUCUGCCAUUUCCUGUCUGUGUGUUAUGUACUGCUUUGGCUACAAAAUCCAACAUCGGUGGACAGGAGAGUAAAUAUUCUGAAUGAAGUACAACAUCAAGAACGAAUCAUUCAAAAAUUAUCAAUUUGCACAUAUGUUAAAAUGUCAUUUGGUUCAGUUCUGAAAAAAAGACGUUUACAAGAUAGGCUGAAACUUCAUCUACUAAUCCUUUGCACAUUUUUGCUGAAUGUUUGCAGUAUUGGUGAACAGAAUGUCACACUUCUAUUUCUGAUGUAUCCCCCAAGGAAUUUUAGCAGUCUGUUAUAUGGAGGAUUCACCUCAGCCAAAAUGUUGCUUUCAGGCUUCUGUUUGUUUGGACUAUUCCCAAUCCUUCUUCACUUUUUUGGAGAGAUGACACUUGCCAAAGUGGGUACCAUCAUGAGAGCGGCAUCUUUAAUUUUAAUGGCCUUUUCCAAUAACACUUGGAUGGUAUUUCUAGCUGCAGGAAUUGGAGCAGUUUCUGGGUUUACACAAGCAGUAGUUCGCUCUGUGUCAUCAAGGGUUGUUGAACCCAGUGAGCAAGGGGCAAUGUUUUCCAUUAUGGCAUCAGUGGAGGCUACAUGUAUCAUCAUAGCAGCGGGAAUUUUCAACACCCUUUAUCCAGUAACGCUGACAAGUAUUCCCGGCAUGUCAUUUCUCGUCAUGGCCGCUUUUAUCAUCAUUACAUUUAUCCUUGUCCAGAAUUUUUCCUGGUGUGCUGCUUGGUGACAGAGGAUAC